GAACCAAUUGCAUUAUUUUAAAACGAAUCGCUCUCAAAUAACAAGCGACCGCCGUCGUCGAGUUGACCGUGUAUACUUAUUUCUUUUAUCAGUCGUACAGCCCCGACAGCCCCGACGAAUCUAACCCGUGAGGGACUAUUUCGCAUUUGCGUAGUGAAUCGCAGUGCGCAGACGGUGUGACGCACGGCGAUUGUUGUGACAGAAGCGGAGGAAAGUCGUCGUAUUUUCCAGUUUCGGUAACACGCAUAUGAAUCGCUAGGGAAAGAGUCGGGAAUUGAAACGGUUACGGUUAACUGCGACUCCGGAACAAGAGGACUAUCGAACGUAUAACGGCUCGUGCAGAUCGCGCGAGCACCGAGAAUGAAGUUUCACUACAAGGAGAAACACUCCUUCGAGAGGAGGAAGGUCGAGGGUGAAAAGAUUCGACGAAAAUAUCCCGAGAGAGUCCCCGUGAUCGUCGAGAAGGCUCCGAAAGCUAAAAUCAGUGACUUGGAUAAACAAAAGUAUCUAGUACCAUCUGAUCUGACCGUUGGACAAUUUUACUUUUUAAUCCGCAAACGAAUCCACCUUCGCCCGGAGGAUGCUCUCUUUUUCUUCGUGAACAACAUAAUCCCCCCAACGAGCGCUACCAUGGGUUCCCUCUACGCGGAACAUCAUGAAGAGGAUUUUUUCCUCUACAUAGCAUACAGUGAUGAGAAUGUAUAUGGAUACUAAAUUACAAGAAACAGAAGAAGAUACAAAAAGCAGAAGACAACAUCCAAAAAAAGGAGCAGACAAAAAUUUACAACAAACGUAGUCCUCUUAGAAGCUUUUCGGAAGUGUCAAAGAAAAUUGUAUCUUUCAAAAGAAAAAAAAAUAAUAAUGUCAAGUGAAAUUUGAGAUUCCUAGCACAGCACAUCGAAUUCUAAGUUCUUGCUUCCUUAAGGUAUUGGACGCGUUCGUCUGUGAACAAAUGCGAACAUUGUAAUUUGUUUUUCUUUUCUCUCUCUCUCUCUCUCUCUCUCUCUCUCUCUUUCUCUUUGAUUCCGUCACUCACCGCUGAUCGAUGAAGCUCCGAGAACGAAAAUGACUGUAUUAAGGAGCUGGAGCUAUUUUACAAUACGAUCUCCUUUGUCAUUGUAUAGCCCGAUAUUAUUGAAACUAAACAGAAAUUAGCGUGAACGUCGAACUGAUAAUGUAAUUUGCAUUACUGAUCGACACAAUUAACUUUCACUAAGUGUACAUUUACACGCGUUAACAAUUAUUUAAAAAGAUUUAAAGUAAUUAAUAAUCUUUAGGGCUAAAUCCGCGGUAAAUUUAUAUAAUUAUCUCGGUAGAUAUUUUAUGUGGUACGAUUUCUUCUUAUUUAGAAUUAGUACUAUUCUAUUCACAUGGUUUAACAAUUAUUCGAUUGUAACGAAACGAAAAAGACUUGCUGAACACGUGGUGAGGUGAAAAUUUGUUGUAAACGGCUGGAUGUGGGCCAAUAAAAAAGUAUAAAAAUA